GUCCUCCGGCUGACCAGGAGAGAGGAGACAUCCAUUUGUCUCUGCUCUGUCUCUUAGCAUGGGGCUAACUCCCACACCUGGGCGUUAUGCCUCCAGCUUAGCUAGUUAGUUAGAAUUACGUGGGAGGGGUGUGAGUGUAUGUGAUUUGGCUAAACUGGACGGAGGCAGGGAGUGGGUUUUGUAGAUUUCAUUAAGCCCUCCCGCCGCCCCUCUCAUUUGAGCCGUGCCCCGGAUGAGUCCAAAGGGAGCGGCUUGCAAGCACUACAGCUUUUGCACCUUCAGAGGCUGUCACCCCAACCCCGUAACUCCUCCUCUCUAAUUAUUAUUAAUAAGCGGGCCAGGCAAGCGGUGAAGUUUCGGGACGUAAACUCCAGGGGGAGCCGCUGAGCUCUCUGGUAUGGCCUACCUGGUCCGAGCCAGGGGCUUCUACCUGGCAUAUGAUUAAACUAGUUCCGCCCGGCCAGAGGGCGCUGCUUCCUUUGAGCGCAUGCGCAGCUGCUCCCAACCCUGCCGCUUGCUCUUGUUAUCGGGAACUGGCAGCGGCCAAGGAAAGGACUAUUGCCAGCAGUUGUUGCUCCUGUUGCCGCUGCCACCGCCUUCGUCAGGGAACGGUCUCGCUGGGCUUGGCAGGACAUCAUGUGAUGAAUCUUUUACUAUGGCCAAUGACACUUUGGAAGGUUUUCAUGAAGUGAAUCUAGCAUCACCCACUACUCCAGAUCUUUUAGGAGUGAAUGAAUCUAACACUUCUGACCAAACUACCUCACCUACUGUGAUCUACCGGCUUCAUCCCUCAGCUGUGUGCUCCACGCCUAUUCAGCCGAGUGCCCUGGAUGUUUCUGAUCUUCCUACACAACCUGUCUAUUCAUCUCCCAGGCACCUAAAUUGUGCCGAAACAUCAGGUAUCAGCAUCAAUGUUACAGAAACUGUACCUUGUUCUACCUCGGGACUCCAGGGUGGGUCGUCCAAAUACAAUAAUUCUAGAAAGGAAUGCAGUAAUGCAGAGAGAGAAUUUUUGCAGGGAGCAACGGUAACAGACUCCAUUGAAGGAAGUGAUGAUGUUUUGGGGCUGAGCACAGAUAGUCUGUCUCGCAUGCGGAGCCCAUCGGUACUGGAAGUGAGAGAAAAGGGCUAUGAAAGAUUGAAAGAGGAACUUGCUAAAGCUCAGAGGGAACUGAAACUAAAAGAUGAAGAAUGUGAGAGACUUUCUAAAGUGCGUGACCAACUUGGACAGGAAUUGGAAGAACUUACUGCUAGCCUGUUUGAGGAAGCCCACAAAAUGGUGAGAGAAGCUAAUAUAAAGCAGGCCACAGCUGAAAAACAAUUGAAAGAAGCACAAGGAAAAAUUGAUGUCCUUCAGGCUGAAGUAGCAGCCCUGAAAACAUUAGUGCUGUCCACUUCACCAACCUCACCAACAAAAGAGCUUCAAUCUAGUGGAAAGACACCCUUCAAAAAAGGUCAUACAAGGAACAAGAGUACAAGCAGCGCAAUGGGUGUCAGUAACCAGGAUCUUGCUAUGAUGCAGCCAAUUGUGAAAGACUGCAAAGAGGCUGACUUUGCUCUGUAUAAUGAAUUCAGAUCUUGGAAGGAUGAUCCCACUAUGGACAGAGCAUGCCCUUUCCUGGAUAAAAUCUAUCAGGAAGAUAUCUUGCCAUGUUUAACCUUCUCAAAAAGUGAGUUGGCGUCUGCUGUCCUGGAAGCUGUGGAAAAUAAUACCUUAAGCAUUGAACCAGUUGGUUUACAACCUGUGCGAUUUGUGAAAGCUUCUGCAGUUGAAUGUGGAGGACCAAAGAAAUGUGCUCUUAGUGGACAAAGCAAAACGUGCAAGCAUAGAAUAAAGUUGGGGGACUCGAGCAACUAUUACUAUAUUUCUCCUUUCUGUAGGUAUAGGAUCACAUCUGUAUGUAACUUCUUCACAUACAUUCGAUAUAUUCAACAGGGGCUUGUGAAGCAGCAAGAUGCGGAUCAGAUGUUUUGGGAGGUUAUGCAGCUGAGGAAAGAGAUGUCACUGGCAAAACUUGGAUAUUACAAGGAAGAGCUGUAACGUCGACACUUCUGGUGCUUGCAUGAACUUCCAUAGAUGUACAUAUCUUAAAAGUGAUUCAGAAUCCUUGUAACUCGAUAUUUAUUUUGAAAAAGGUCCAAGGCUUCUCCUGUGCAAAUUGCACUAUGUAUUCUUGUAAUUUAACAAAAUUAUUUUAUUUAAGGGUAAACAUUAUUGAUCCAUUUGUAAUGAAGGCAAGAAGAUGUUCAGAUGUACUAGUGAUUGUAACUGAACAGUUGAGAAAUACAGGUUUAAUGCUAUUCAGAUAUUGUGUUCAUUUUUGUGUUCUGGAGAGCUUGUAAUGUAGGAUUUCAAUUUAAUAAAAGUUAACUCAAA